UUCUUGACUCCUGGCUCUCUGACCCUCGGACUCUGGGCUUCCUGACUCCUGGCUUCCGGACACUUGUUCCUGCUCCAACCCUGCCAUCUUGCCCCUGGUCCCGACGUUCUCCGCCAGGACUUCGACCUCCCGUAACACAGUGCAAGUAGAUAAAUAGAGUCUCCGUUCAUCUGCAGUCCAGGAUGCAACCCACUGAAAACUUCAGCUUUGAGCUCUGCAGAGAGACGGCCGACUGGCUCCUGGCUCAUACCAGGCAGCGCCCCAGAAUCGCCAUCAUCUGUGGCUCUGGACUGGGACCCCUCGCUGACAGCUUGAAGAACCCGGAGUCUUUCAAGUACAUGGACAUUCCUAACUUCCCGCACAGCACAGUGUCGGGCCAUGACGGGCAGCUUCUCUUUGGGGAGCUGCAGGGCAAGCCGUGCGUCUGCAUGAAGGGGCGCUUCCACAUGUACGAGGGCUACCCCCUUUGGAAGGUCACGUUCCCGAUCCGUGUUCUCAAACUCCUGGGCGUCGAGACGCUGCUGGUGACCAACGCGGCCGGGGCCUUGGCGGAUUCGUACAGCGUCGGGGACCUCAUGAUUAUUCGGGACCACAUCAACCUGCUGGGCUUGGCCGGGCUAAACCCCUUGCUGGGGCCCAAUGAGGAAAGGUUUGGCCCUCGCUUCCCUGCUCUUUCGGAUGCGUACGACAGCCAGAUCCGCGCUUUGGCCAUGGACACAGCCCAGCGCCUUGGCUACAGCUCUUUCGUCAAAGAGGGGGUGUACUGCAUGGUCGGGGGCCCCAGUUUCGAAUCGAUCGCAGAGGCCCGGCUCCUUCACGUGCUGGGGGCGGACGCUGUAGGGAUGAGCACGGCAGCAGAAGUCGUUGUGGCCAGGCACUGUGGCUUGCGGGUCUUUGGUAUCUCGCUGAUCACCAACAAGGUGACCAAGGACUACAGCGCGAAAGAGAACGUUGACCAUCACGGGGUGCUCGAAGUGAGCCGGAGAAGAGCUUCCACGCUCCAGGCGCUCAUCACAGCCCUGGUGGGCAGGCUGGACUUUUGCAGCAGCAGCAGCGGCCAGAAGGACGGCGAGACCUAUCAGAAUGGAGUCUAAAAAUGCCAGGCAUCGGCUGUGGACCCAGGAGUGUGCUGGCAGCAAAAGGGGAGAGCCGCCCGCUCCACAUCGUAUACUCCAAACAAAAUCUGGACUGAGAAUCCAAAACUAUGACCAUGCCUGUCUCAAUCAAAUCACCAGCCUCUGCCAAGCUAGUGCCCUCCAAAUGUUUUGGACGGCAACUCCCAGGUCUGGUAGUCCAAAACAUCUGGUGGGCACCAGGUUGGCAAAGGCAGCUUGACACCAACCCUGCAGGUGUCUUAAUUCUUUAUUGUACGCUGGCCUGUCCCUUGUUAGCCCCACAAAGCCCACUGAGCCUGGGCAAGCCAGCGGUGGUACAUUGAUGAGAGUGUUGGACUGGGACCCGGGACAGACCCAGAUUCAAAUCGCCACUUGGCCCUGAAGCUCACUGGGUGACCUUGGGCCAGUCACUGCCGUUCAGCCUACCCUACCUCGCAAGGUUGUUUUUGCUGUGAGGAUAAAAUGGGGAGCAACAGCAAACGUAUACAUCAUCUUGAGCUCCCUCGAGAGAAGGUGGGAUAUAAAAGUAAUAAACAAAUUGUCCCUAUCAACUGCUCUGUGCUAUCCUGGAGGAAUAAAUAUUGUAAAAAUGUACAUGGGAUUUAAAAGCUAACACAAUACACCAUGCUAAUCUUUGAGGUUCCAGGGGUUUUAGACUGCAACCUUCCCUGGCCUCCCCAGGUCA